CUUCCACAGGCUAACAGACAUAAGAUAUUUGAGGGGCUGACGAUCAACCAAGGCUUUUACACCUCCAAGGAUUUCCUACCGUUGGUUGCCAAAGCCAGCAAAACAGGUAAACAAUGCAGCCAAUAGAACGAGCGGUGACAGCAGCAACUAAAUAGUUUCUUUUUUUACGAUUUUAUUUAUACUGAAAAAUAUAAACACAACAUGUAAAGUGUUGGUCCCAUGUUUCAUAAGCUAAAAUAAAAGAUCCCAUAAACGUUCCAUACACACAAAAAGCUUGUUUCUCAAACAUUUGUUUACAUCCCUGUUAGUGAGCAUUUCUCCUUUACCAAGAUAAACCAUCCACCUGACAGGUCUGGCAUAUCAAGAAGCUGAUUAAACAGCAUGAACAUUACACAGAUGCACCUUGUGCUGGGGACAAUAAAAGGCCACUCUAAAAUGUGCAGUUUUGUCACAACACAGUGCCACAGAUGUCUCAAGUUUUGAGGGAGCGUGCAAUUGGCAUGCUGACUGCAGGAAUGUGCACCAGAGAUGUUGCCAAAGAAUUUAAUGUUAAUUUCUCUACCAUACACCGCCUCCAAAGUCGUUUUAGAGAAUUUGGCAGUACGUCCAACUGGCCUCACAACCCGACAGACCUACCAUAUGGCGUUUUUGGAUGAUCGUCUGGCAGUAGUACUUUCCAGAUAAUUGAUGAUUCUCUACUACUUAGUGGCAAUCCAACCGCUCACACCGCACACCAUGUGUAACCACGCCAGCCCAGGACCUCCACAUCCGGCUUCUUCACCUGCGAGAUCGUCUGAGACCAGCCACCAGCCUCCUCACAAGGGUCUUAAUCGGACUGCAGUCCGGCGUCGUAACUGACUUCAGUGGGCAAAUGCUCACCUACGAUUGCCAAUGUCACACUGGAUGAAUACCGGACAGAUGCCCGACAGCGUAUAUGGCGUAGUGUGGGUGAGCGGUUUGCUGAUGUCAACGUUGUGAACAGAGUGCCUCAUGGUGGUGGUGGGGUUAUGGUAUGGGCAGGAAUAAGCUACGGACAACAAAUGCAAUAGCAUUUUUUCGAUGGCAAUUUUAAUGCACAGAGAUACCAUAACAGGAUCCUGAGGCCCAUUGUCGUGCCAUUCAUCCGCCGCCAUCACCUCAUGUUUCAGCAUGAUAAUGCACAGCCGCAUGUCACAAGGAUACUCACCAGACAUGUCACCCAUUGAGCAUGUUUGAGAUGCUCUGGAUCAACAUGUACGACAGCGUGUUCCAGUUCCCGCCAAUAUCCAGCAACUUCCCACAGCCAUUUAAGAGGAGCGGGACAACAUUCCACAGGUCACAAUCAACAGCCUGAUCAACUCUAUGCGAAGGAGAUGUGUUGCGCUGCAUGACGCAAAUAGUGGUCACACCAGAAACUGACUGGUUUUCUGAUCAAUGUCCCUACCUUUUUUUUAAGGUACAGUAUCUGUGACCAAGAGAUGCUGUAUCUGAUCUGUAUUCACAGUCAAUGAAUUUAUUUCAAUUGACUGAUUUCCUUAUAUGAACUGUAACUUCGUAAAAUCUUUGAAAUAAGUGCAUGUUGCAUUUAUAUUUUUGUUCAGUGUAGUUUUCACAUAAUUAAUUAAACUCUUAGACAUACAGUCGUGGUCAAAAGUUUUGAGAAUGACACAAGUAUUGGUCAAUAGUUUGCUGCUUCAGUGUUUUUAGAUAUUUUUGUCAGAUGUUACUAUGGUAUACUGAAGUAUAAUUACAAGCAUUCCAUAAGUGUCAAAGGCUUUUAUUGACAAUUACAUUAAGUUUAUGCAAAGAGUCAAUAUUUGCAGUGUUGACCCUUCUUUUUCAAGACCUCUGCAAUCUGCCCUGGCAUGCUGUCAAUUAACUUCUGGGCCACAUCCUGACUGAUGGCAGCCCAUUCUUGCAUAAUCAAUGCUUGGAGUUUGUCAGAAUUUGUGGGUUUUUGUUUGUCCACCCGCCUCUUGAGGAUUGACCACAAGUUCUCAAUGGGAUUAAGGUCUUGGGAGUUUCCUGGCCAUGGACCCAAAAUGUUGAUGUUUUGUUCCCCGAGCCACUUAGUAAUCACUUUUGCCUAAUGGCAAGGUGCUCCAUCAUGCUGGAAAAGGCAUUGUUCGUCACCAAACUGUUCUUGGAUGGUUGGGAGAAGUUGCUCUCGGAGGAUGUGUUGGUACCAUUCUUUAUUCAUGGCUGUGUUCUUAGGCAAAAUUGUGAGUGAGCCCACUCCCUUGGCUGAGAAGCAACCCCACACAUGAAUGGUCUCAGAAUGCUUUACUGUUGGCAUGACUGAUGGUAGCACUCACCUUGUCUUCUCCGGACAAGCUUUUUUCCGGAUGCCCCAAACAAUCGGAAAGGGGAUUCAUCAGAGAAAAUGACUUUACCCCAGUCCUCAGCAGUCCAAUCCCUGUACCUUUUGCAGAAUAUCAGUCUGUCCCUGAUGUUUUUCCUGGAGAGAAGUGGCUUCCUCGCUCUCCUUCUUGACACCAGGCCAUCCUCCAAAAGUAUUUGCCUCACUGUGCGUGCAGAUGCACUCACACCUGCCUGCUGCCAUUCCUGAGCAAGCUCUGCACUGGUGGUGCCCCGAUCCCGCAGCUGAAUCAACUUUAGGAGACGGUCCUGGCGCUUGCUGGACUUUCUUGGGCGCCCUGAAGCCUUCUUCACAACAAUUGAACCUCUCCUUGAAGUUCUUGAUGAUCCAAUAAAUGGUUGAUUUAGGUGCAAUCUUACUAGCAACAAUAUCCUUGCCUGUGAAGCCCUUUUUGUGAAAAGCAAUGAUGACGGCACGUGUUUCCUUGCAGGUAACCAUGGUUAACAGAGGAAUAACAAUGAUUUCAAGCACCACCCUCCUUUUAAAGCUUCCAGUCUGUUAUUCUAACUCAAUCAGCAUGACAGAGUGAUCUCCAGCCUUGUGUUAACGAGAGAAUCACUGACAUGAUGUCAGCUGGUCUUUCAGUGGACCCACUCUCCCCAAAUAGAGCCCCACCAGCCACUAUACUUUAAUUUAAUUUACAAGGUAUUACAAACUGACCACAGUACUUAAGUGACAGUCUUUCUCCAAUGUAUUUACAAUAACAUAAUCCACAGACUGUUGGUACAUUAGGAUAGGAGUUGGAGCUUAAAAGCCCUAAAAAGGCACAGCGCCUCAAAGUACAAAGAAGUACUUUGCUUUAUGUUUUUUGUGUGUUUUCUGUUAAAUGUCUGCUCAGUCCACAUGUUCACACGUUCUAUAUAUGUAAUGUAUACAAUAACUAUGUAUUCAUACAAUGACUCUAAAAUGUUAUCUGGUUCUUCAAUGAUAGACGGAACAGACAAGGUUAACUUUGAUUCUAUACAAGUAAAGGACAACAAAAUCCAACUUUUAAAAAAGCAUAAGGUUCUUGAUCAUUUAAAGAGAUUGUCAGCAGAUGUGGUUUUCCUUCAAGAGAUACAUAAAAAAAGAGACAUUUAACAUUUAAAGAGGAGCUGGGUUAAAGAGGCCUAUUCUGCCACCUACUGUAGUAACAGCAGAGGUAUAGGAAUCCUUCUAAACAAGAAUAAACCCUUUUCCCUUAUAUCCCAGCACACAGACUAAGAAAGCCGUUUUCUCAUUUUGAAUUGUACCUUACAUGGUGAAAAAUACACAUUGAUUUCAUUGUAUAUCCCCCCAGGGGCAAAUGUGGAGUUUUUAGAUAUAAUUCAAGCUAUAUUAGAUCAAAUCCAGACAGGAACUAUUAUUUUAGCAGGUGACCUGUACUGAACAAAAAUAUAAACACAACAUGUAACAAUUUCAAGGAUUUUACUGGGUUACAGUUCAUAUAAGGUACUCAGUCUAUUGAAAUAAAUUCAUUAGGCCCUAAUCUAUGGAUUUCACAUGACUGGGAAUACAAAUAUGCAUCUGUUGGUCACAGAUACCUUUAAUAAAAAGUAGGGGCGUGGAUCAGAAAACCAGUCAGUGUCUGAUGUGACCACCAUUUGCCUUAUGCAGCGCGACACUUCUCCUUGGCAUAGAGUUGUGUGGAAUGUUGUCCCACUCCUCUUCAAUGGCUGUGCGAAGUUGCUGGAUAUUGGCGGGAAUUGGAACAUGCUGUCGUACACGUCGAUCCAGAGCAUCCCAAACAUGCUCAAUGGCUGACAUAUCUGGAAGAACUGAAACAUUUUCAGCUUCCAGGAAUUAUGUACAGAUCCUUGCGACAUGGGGCCGUGCAUUCUCAUGCUGAAAUAUAAGGUGAUGGCGGCGGAUGAAUGGCACGACAAUGGGCUUUAGGAUCUCGUCACGUUAUCUCUGUGCAUUCAAAUUGCCAUAGAUAAAAUGCAAUUGUGUUCGUUGUCCAUAGCUUAUGCCUGCUCAUACCAUAACCCCACUGCCACCAUGGGGCACUCUGUUCACAACGUUGACAUCAGCAAAAUGCUCACCCACACAACGCCAUACACGUGGUCUGCGGUUGUGAGGCCAGUUGGACGUACUGCCAAAUUCUCUAAAACGACUUUGGAGGCGGUGUAUGGUAGAGAAAUGAACAUUAAAUUCUUUGGCAACAUCUCUGGUGCACAUUCCUGCAGUCAGCAUGCCAAUUGCACGCUCCCUUAAAACUUGAGACAUCUGUGGCAUUGUGUUGUUUGACAGAACUGCACAUUUUAAAGUGGCCUUUAAUUGUCCCCAGCACAAGGUGCACCUGUGUAAUGAUCAUCCUGUUUAAUCAGCUUCUUGAUAUGCCAUACCUGUCAGGUGGAUGGAUUCUCUUGGCAAUGGAGAAAUGCUCACUAACAGGGAUGCAAACAAAUUUGAGCACAAAACUUUUUGUGCAUAUGGAACAUUUCUGGGACCUUUUAUUUCAGUUCAUGAAACAUGGGACCAACGCUUUAGAUGUUGCGUUUAUAUUUUUGUUCAGUGUAAAUCACACAUUCGGCAAGUUAGACAGACGCAGCAAUAAAAAAGGUAAAUUCAAGGAACCUCCAAAGAGGCAAAACAUAUUAUCUUUACAAAUAAUUUACAGGACACCUGGAAAUUACUAUUCCCAACUACAAAAGACUACUCCUUUUUUCAAAGGUUUGGACACACCUUCUCAUUCAAGGGUUUUUCUUUAUUUUUACAAUUUUUUACACUGUAGAAUAAUAGUGAAGACAUCAAAACUAUGAAAUAGCACAUAUGGAAUCAUGUAGUAACCAAAAAAGUGUUAAACAAAUCAAAAUACAUUUUAUAUUUGAGAUUCUUCAUAUAGCCGCCAUUUGCCUUGAUGACAGCCUUUCACACUCUUGGCACUCUCUCAACCAGAUUCACCUGGAAUGCUUUUCCAACAGUCUUGAAGGAGUUCCCACAUAUGCUGAGCACUUGUUGGCUGCUUUUCCUUCACUCUGCCGUCCGACUCAUCCCAAACCAUCUCAAUUGGGUUGAGGUCGGGGGAUUGUGGAGGCCAGGUCAUCUGAUGCAACACUCCAUCACUCUCCUUCUUGGUAAAAUAGCCCUUACACAGCCUGGAGGUGUGUUGGGUCAUUGUCCUGUUGAAAAACAAAUGAUAGUCCCACUAAGCCCAAACCAGAUGGGAUGGCGAAUCGCUGCAGAAUGCUGUGGUAGCCAUGCUGGAUAAGUGUGCCUUGGAUUCUAAAUAAAUCACAGUCAGUGUCACCAGCAAAGCACCCCCACACCAUAACACCUCCUCCACCAUGCUUUACGAUGGGAACUACACAUGCGGAGAUCAUCCGUUCUCACAAAGACACGGCGGUUGGAAUAAAAAAUCUCCAAUUUGGACUCCAGAUCAAAGGACACAUUUCCACGGUUUAAUGUCCAUUGCUCGUGUUUCUUGACCCAAGCAUGUCUCUUCUUCUUAUUGGUGUCCUUUAGUCGUGGUUUCUUUGCAGCAAUUCGACCAUGAAGGCCUGAUUCACGCAUUCCCCUCUGAACAGUUGAUGUUGAGAUGUGUCUGUGACUUGAACUCUGUGAAGCAUUUAUUUGGGCUGCAAUUUCUGAGGCUGGUAACUCUAAUGAACUUAUCCUUUGCAGCAGAGGUAACUCUGGGUCUUACAUUCCUGUGGCGGUCCUCAUGAGAGCCAGUUUCAUCAUAGCACUUGAUGUGUUUUGUGACUGCACUUGAAGAAACUUUCAAAGUUCUUGACAUUUUCCGUAUUGACUGACCUUCAUGUCUUAAAGUAAGAAUCUCAAAUAUAAAAUAUAUUUUGAUUUGUUUAACACUUUUUUGGUUACUACAUGAUUCCAUAUGUGUUAUUUCAUAGUUUUGAUGUCUUCACUAUUAUUCUACAAUGUAAAAAAUUGUGUCCAAACUUUUGACUGGUAGUGUAUAUAUUUAGUACAUCAGAAUCUCAAAAUCAACACAAUAAAUGAUCAGAUUGAAACUCCUUUUCUCUUCUUCUCCCGCUUUUAGGAAUGUGUAGCUGCAAGUCUUCCCUGCCAGAGCUGCGUGGCACUGUGAUCGUGCUGGGUGCAGGAGACACAGCGUUCGACUGUGCCACCUCUUCCCUGCGCUGCGGUGCCAAGCGCGUCUACGUGGUCUUUAGGAAAGGCUUCACUAACAUCAGGGCUGUCCCAGAGGAGGUAGAGACAAACAAGAAGAAAGGAGAGAAAAGGAAAGAAAGGAAAAAAGAAAAGACGUUGACAGAGAGAGAGAUUGCUAAAUGUUACCGGUGUACCAGAUGCUUAACUUGUUUGAGAAAGAGAGAGGAAGACAGACAGAGAGAGAAAGACCGGAGAGAGAGAGAUAGACAGAGAGAUAGUGUUAGGGAGAAGGCUAGUGAGAGGAGAGAGGACGCUGUGUUUAUUAAGUUGUCUGUGUGAGUGUCCUCUCCUUGGCCCUGCUGACAUGUCUCUUAAGCCGCUUUUCUCUCUGGUUUAUUGCAAAGGCCUGUCUUUGGGUCUGGAGGGCGGUAACUGUCAAAAGCUCUCCGCCUGCACACACACACUGCCGUGAGCCCCAGACGGACUCACUGGGAUCUGUCCCUUUCUAGUAAUGCUGCCACAAAGGAGAGAGGAAGGAUAUCAUAGGCAGUGCUGUUUCUAUUUUCACUGUUCCUUCAAAAGAUAUCCCUGCAUUUGAAGCAUGACAUUGACUCGUGUACUCUCUUCAGUCUUGAUUCUUAUCAACUUUUGAUGUGUUAGACCGUCAGUAAAAGUAUCACUUGGAGUUAAGAUACAUUCUUCAACUGCUGUAUAUUAGUUAUGAUUGUGAGUGUGAUGAGAAGUUCAAGGUGUCUUUCUGUCAAUGCUAUUUUAGUUUGCAGUUGAGUUUGACAGCACAGUUCAUUCUAGAAUCAUCGUCCAACGGCAUCUUUAUUCAUGCGUCGUGUCAGAGCUCACCUCUUGCUGCCAUAGUAACGGCAAAAAUAACCCCUAACGAAAUGAGAAAAGUAAGGUGAUUAUCAACAGCUGUUUGCUUUUCCCCGCAGAAGCCGACAGUUAAGCUGCUAGCAUCGCCUCUCACUAAUUACGUUUGUUUAUAAGGUAUAUUAAGUUUAGGCCUCUUGUAGGCGUCAGUAACCUUCACAUCACAUUGAAAAAAAGCUAAAUAUUGUGUGAAGCAUGAGCAUUGAUGUCAACUGAGACAAUUUCAGAAAACUGUGGGAGAAAGGGAAGCUAUUAUAGAAGCAACCCACCCCCCUUCCCUUUUGUGCACAUCUCAGGACUGGAAACGUAAUUUCAAUGACUUUGUUGUAGAUGGGGGGCUUUUUUCAUUAAUCCGUAUGAAAUUGAAGGUCUUUGAACAAAACAGGAACAUUUCGUAGUGUCUUCUAUUGUGUGCCGUUGUAAUGCGUGAAACUACAAAAUAUAUUUUCCAGUCCUGACUAACCAAGGGAAUAAAAAGGUUUUACCUUGGGCUUGAUAAUUAAACAUCUUUCUGUCCAGUUUUAGAUGAAAUUUACUUUGCAUUUGAUGAGAAAUAUUGUGAUAAAAAAUUAUAAUCUUUGAUACAAAUAAUUUAACACAAUUCAAGCCACAAUUUGAAUAUGUAACCUGUCUAUGACCCCUCACCGUUGACCCCUGACCUCUGUAUUUCCACAACCUAUAGAUGGAGCUGGCCAAAGAAGAGAAGUGUGAGUUCAUGCCCUUCCUGUCCCCUCGUGAGGUCAUCAUGAAUUCGGGUCGCGUGGCGGGCAUGGAGUUCUGUCGUACAGAGCUGACAGACGAAGGUGAUUGGAUGGAGGACGAGGAUCAGAUCAUACGCCUCAAGGCCGAUUACAUCAUCAGCGCCUUCGGAUCCAUGCUGAGCGACCCCAAAGGUAUCAAUCAUAAUCAAACUUUAUUGAAAGUGCAU